AUGACCAUCCCAGAUGGUGAAGUGAUAAAAAUACGUCUGAGGCAAGUCGAUCAUGAAGCCUACUACGAGUGCAUUGCUUCCAAUGCGGAGGGUACGGCGAAGUCACGAAACGCUUGGUUGAAAGUUUACAAACGUGAGUCUGUGGUCAUUCAUUAGUUAUAGUAUGUAAGCGUAACGUGUACAUGUUUUUGUACAAUGUAUGCAGACUGCUUCAUGCCUCGACCAUUUUGGUCAUAAUGGCAACUGGAAAAAUUUUUGACAACUUAAUUUUACAAUUGGGUGGUAUCGUUGCAAGUUAUAACCUUUUGGUAAAUACAUGUAUGUUUUGAUGAUCUGACCUUAAACUUUUAUAUGAAAUAUCGUUUUCUUUUAUUAAAAAAAUGUUAGAUAGCAAGCACAGUAUGAAAAAAGUUGAACUUGGAUUCUUAGUCAGAGUUGAUUGCAGAGAGCAUUCUUCCAGCUUUGUUACUUCAGAUUUGUAGUCUACCGAUGAUUUUACACCAGCUUCACUUCAGUAAAACUAUAAAAAUGUCACCUCAAUUAAUUUAAUUUCAACGUUGUCCUGAGUAGGCACAUUGUGGCUAUAUGUUGAAAAAAAGUACCUUCGGUGAACCGUUUUCGGACCAGUACAAUACGGAAAAAAGAUAUUAUUUCUCCUCUUCCUCAUUUUUUAAAGCCUUAUCCAAGUAACUUUUUACCUCGGAGAGGAAAUUGUAACGAACCCGCGUCCGCGUCCAAAACUGACGGGGAAACCCUUGGGUUAUGAAGCAAUGAACUCAAAGCGGUCGGCGGAAUGCUUGAUUGACAUGUAACAGUCAUGAUUUGUAGCAUGUCCAAAGACUUGUAACCGUACCAGUGGAACAGAUAGGAACACGAAACAGCAAAAACAUGCAAGAGACCAAACAAAACAACUAGAAAACAAAACCAGACCAUCACGAAGCUUUUAAUCCGCUUUUUCAAAGCAUACAGUACAUUGAAACCGUGUGACUCUCUUAAAAGUGUUGGUGAAGGUGAAACUUGACUACAUUACAAAUUUAAUUUUCGGAUAAGCUAUGACUUCCGGCUCAGUCAAAACGUUUACUACAAAUGGGUAUUGUGAAGCGAAAUUUGUCUGGGGGUUGUUUACACAGAAUCAAGAGAGUUAUUAUAACAACUGUGUCGAAAGUGUGCGGUGUCUGACAUUCGAUUCAACGCCUUUUUAGUUAGGAGUUGUUUUUAACACGUAGUGUAAUUUAGUCAAUCUACAUGUUUAGAUAAGUUCUAUCGCAUAUUUUCUUGGUGAAAUUACAUUGUAGUUCAUAUGGCCAACAAAUGAUUUUGCAGAAGCCUUUUUUGUGGUAGGAAUGUCAUAUGCUGAGCGAAAACAGUCUUUACGUUAUUUGUAACAGGCGACUUAUUCCUUUCUUUAUAUAUGUAUAUAUAUAUAUAAAUGUGGGGGUAGAGUCUACCUUGGCAUAAAGUGCUCAAUGCUGUGGUAGCAGAGCUGAGUAUAUAUAAGUGAAAAAAUCAAAGAGGACGCAUCGAUUCUCUGUUACUCAGAGUUUCGCGCCUAAGCGCUCCUCAGACAACUGUCUGACGAGCCCUUAGGCGCGAAACUCUGAGUAACAGAGAAUCGAUGCGUCCUCUUUGAUUCUUUCACUUAUAUAUAUAUAUAAUUAUUAUUAUUUUAAAUUUUUUACUAUUUCACCAAUUUAUCACAAUUUAUCAGUAUACAGUUACUGAAUGCCACGGUUGUCGAGAAGAAUUCGUGAAUGUUCCUUAGCUUUGGAAGAUACUGUUCCAACGUCACCAUAUUAGCUGUACCAUCAAUACACUUUCUGUUCUUUAGUUUCUGUUAUUCGAGCUCUUUUUCAUUUCCUUUUUACAAGUACUUUCUAGUAAUUGUUGACUUUCAAAGAACCUUAUGAGGUUUAGUUCUUUGCAGUGCAAUUUGUUUUAGUAACAAGUAAAUUUUCGUGAGGACUCCCUUGUUCUGUAAAUAUUUGACAUCGUUCGUGUGAAGCCAUCUGUCCUAUUGUUAUCUGUUGUGGAGUUCUUUAGAAAGCCUUUAUUAAAGUUUACUGUUGUUUAAAUGCUUGGUAAAUAAGUCUCACGGGUUUGCCUUAUGCAUUUCUCUACUUGUUUACAGUAAGUAAUGAGACACCUUUGGUAAUUACACAUUAAAUAUCUCCUUUACUUUUUACCUUAUCGAAAGAUAAACAGGAAGUCACGCACAAUCAGCAUAGACAUAGCGUUGAUUUAGGUUUCACCAAACAAAUGCUUGUUUUAAGUUUACGCUAGUUUUGUUUUUCUUUGCGUGUGUCUUUCUUUCCUUUUUUCGUUUUUACUCGAUGCGAUCCCACCCGAAAAAUUGGAUAAUACAGUGAUUCAUCUACAUGUAUCUAUCUAGAGUUUUACCAUAGAUCUGUCAGCUCCAGAAGUAAAUUUAAUUGCUACGGUGUUCCUUAAAUCGUAUUUUGAUGGUACGAUUAUGACAAGCUGUUCAAAAUUUGGGAUUUUAAUAUCUGCCUUACAAAGUCGAAUAUACUUUCGAAGCCUAUAGUUUUAAGAAAACCCGUGCUCUCUUAUCCAUCCUUGUGUGUUCCAAGUCAAAGACGUCCUUAAGAUUGUCAAUUUUCGCAGACAAACCCCCCUAGAUAGCUGUUCAAGAGUUUAUUUUACCCACAGGAAGUAGCCACUAUGGUAGACAAAAUAUCAUCAAAAUCCCAAUUAGUUUUCAGUUUACUUUUUAUUUGUCACUUCUCUCCCACAAUAGUGGGAUAUUUUAAACUUCUACUCAUUAAUGUAAAUCACGUUAACUGAUAACAAGUCUAACGACCUUUAUCGUCAAUUUCGUGCUCUGUUUUAGCGACAAGACGUAAAAUUCAUUGUCGUGUAUCAAACUCAAUCCAGGUUAAUGAAUAGAGUGGGUAAGUUUCUAAAGAAACUGUGGUGCUGUUUCGGUGGGGGAAUAGAGCAAGAUAAAUUUGGUUGUAUCAACUCAGUCGGCAAUGUUAAUUGGCCACUGUAAAGAAUUUCAAAGCUGACGUUUCUGGUAUUAGCCCUUCACCAGAUUACAUACCGUAUAAAAACGGAUGCAUGAAUCUACCUUACUUAGUACCAAACGCUUCUUUUUCCAAAUUCUAUGUAAUCGAGGUGAUUGAAAUCAGAAGUAAAAAGACUUUUGCCCCGAAAUUUUAAAACUUGGUUACCUCGUAAUCUCGAUAAUCGAAACUAUAAAAAAUUCUCGAACUUGACUGGUUAUCACCAGCCCGAUUUGAGCACUAAUAGGACAGUGUACGCGUCAUGCUCGUAAUAGGAAAGUUAAAUAGGACAGUUGAAGAGACAGUUAACUCGUCAUGCUUUUGUAAAUGGAUAGAACGCGUCAUGUGCGCGCGCUGUUGUUUCGCAUCUCACCGAGUUAACUGCCUUGCUCAUUACCAAUCGCCAGGCUUUUGUCCAUCCUUACCCGCGUUUGACCUCUUCAGUCUUCCGGAAACAUUUGCUAAUUUCUGAUAAAGUAAGCAUCUUCUAAUCCAUUAGAUAUGGGUCUGUGUUUAAUAGAAUACAAUGUUCUUCUCGAAAAUAUCUCUAGCGCGCAGUCCACCGCCAGGAUAUCCAAAAAUAAGCAAAGAACCCACACCCCAGCGGGUCGUCAGUGGAGGAAGUGCUACAUUUGACUGUGAGGCCACAGGGAACCCAGCCCCAGUAAUAUCAUGGCUAAGAGAUUCGAAGCCUGUCGACUUAUCUGACCCAAGGAUCAGCAUACCCAGACCAGGAGCUUUAAAAUUGUCAAACGUAAAAUCCUCAGAUACUUCACUGUUUGUUUGUGUUGCGAACAACAGUUUGGGAAUGACUUAUAGCGGACAAGCAAGACUCUUGCACAUAGGUUGGUUUGAGAUUUAUAUUUAUACACAGUGAUAAGGCAUGCGGCGCUGAAGUCCUGCAAGUGUGAUGAGUGGCUUAAUGAUUCUUUGCCAAACCCAAGGUUAGCGUUUGAUGGGACCAAUCACAUAUGGUUUUGGAAAAUACGUUUCUUGCUAAAAGUGCCUCUCUCUACCUUAGAGUAGGACUGGUAACCUGCUGUUGAUGGGAGGAAAUUCGCAGUGAUGUCUGUCACUGCGGAUACAAGGAAAAUUAUAUUAAACUUUAUAAUGGUGCUUCAUUUCCAUGAUCAUACUUAAUCUAGCUAUGAUUUACAUUCUGACGUCUGCGUUUUUCUUUAAAGUGGUUAACACGAAGCCAGUCAUCACCAAACCCCCUAUGCCUAUCACAGUCAACCCAGAGACAGAUGUCCACCUAAACUGCACAGCAACAGGCACCCCACAGCCAUAUAUCCGCUGGGAGCAUAAAGGACGCACUGUGGGUUAUACCGUGUUGACCAUUGAAAAUAUCCAGAAGUCUGGUAACUACACAUGCAUUGCAGAAAACUCUGUAGGAAGUUCUCGAGCUUCUACUUCUGUUACUGUUAGAAGUAAGUCUUAAAAAAAGGUCUACUCGUCUUGACCUUGAACGCUUUAUUGUUCCAACACCCCUUUAAGACUCUCUCCUUAAGAAGAAGAAAAGACAUAACAGUUACAAAUGAGUAAAAAAGGUAAAUAGUUCUAGAAAAAUAAUUUAAAAUUGUCUCCGUUGAAACUGUGACUGGAUUACCGUCGCUUCCACCUUGACGCGAUUUUUACAAUCAAUUCCCAUUGGAAAUAAAAUUCUGCUUUGAAAGGGAACCGUAAUAACAUCGGCAAGAUUGAUUUGUGUGUAUAUUUGAUUUAAGAAGCCAAGAAAUAAUAUUUAGCGAAGCAUGAUUUGAACAAGUGAUUGUACCGUUUUGGGACUUAGAUCCCUUUGAAGUCAGGAAUGUUCCCUGAGGAAGUCUUCGUCCGUAUGCCAUUGUUCCAACUUCUCAUUUCAGGUCUUUAAGCAAUUCUAUUAAUCUCACGAGGAGCACCGCUGUGGAGAAACCAAAUCUCUUAAAUAGAUUAUAAAGUUUUCCUUCACUUGUUUUUCAGAGGUGCCAUUCACUCCGACUAAACCCACUCAGGCUCAGAGAACCGCUCAUUCGAUCACCGUUACUUGGCAACCCACUGGAAAUCACUCAAUAGAUUCUUACACUCUAUAUUACCGUGAAAAGAGCGCUAGCAAGUGGAUUCUGGUAAAGGACAUUCGUGGGCGAACUUCUACGACACUUGAUAACCUGGAGCCCUAUACUACUUAUCAGUUCCGAGUUUUUGCCGUGAAUAACAUAGGAUUAAGCAAACCUAGCCCUUUGGCUGAAAUGACAACGUUGGAAAAAGGUAUGUCACUAUUCAAAUAGUUUUUUUUUCCGUAAAAUGUUUUUGGAAAGGAACUGGAUCGAGAGAGGGCUUCCCCCAACAUGACUGAUACAUUUCUAAAAGACAAAUGAUUCUAACGAAGAAGCAAUCCCGGAGAUAAUUUUUUUCAGGAUAUCAGACCAGUUCCUCAAGACUGGCAGAGACUUUAAGCCCACCCAGGCCACUAGGGGAGAGGCAUGUGCUCUUACUGUGCACUAUCCCUACCUCUGAUAUUAAAACCAUGUGCAUGAAGUUCGAGUUGUAAUGUUAAAUUGGCAUCUGCUUCACUUCUUAGCUCCUGGAACACCACCAACAAACGUUCAAGCGUGGGGAAUCUCCGACACCUCAUUCAAAGCGACAUGGCUACCACCCAGUCAGCCAAAUGGUCGCUUAACAGGAUACCGCUUGUACCUGACUACUAAUUUAAAAGGAAAAUGGCUAUACAAGGUGUCAGGAGAGAACGAAAUGAUAGUGAGAGGAUUACAGAAAAAGACCACUUACUAUUACACAUUAUAUGCGUACAAUGACGUUGGUGAGGGGCCUUACACAGGGACGUAUGCUGUAAAAACUUCAAAGGGAGGUAGGAUAUAAUUUGUAACCAGCGGAUUUUUAAAAAAUUGAAAAUGUUAAUGAUCAGCGAGUAGCUAGUAAUUCAAUGGAACGCAGUAAUCCAUGUUAAUAUAUUCAGUCCAUUUGAAAGGUCGUGUAAGAGUCAUUGCAGUUUUCUUUAAGGAAUCUUUUCUCUUGACCAUAUAAAAUGUUAAAUGCAUCAUAAGGAGUCACUUGGAACUUACGCAUGCUCAGCUAGACAAAAAAUGUGAAUAUAGAAAUCAGGGACGUAUAUUGUGGAGACUUCAUAGGAGAGUAACAUAUUACCAAUGCCCUGAGGAAUUACUUAGAACCAAUACAUGUACAUAGGCAAUAAAUGUUAACCUAGAAUAUCAAAAAAACCUUGUACAAAGUACAAAUCGCAGUGCAAAUCGCAUCCAGAUCUGGAGUUAAUGAAUUUUUUUUUUCUUCAGCGCCUGGGCAGCCUAAAAAUGUUCGUGUUAAAGUGCUGUCACCAAGAUCGAUUCAAGUCACAUGGAAGGCUCCGACUUUCAUUGGAAAUGGUAUAUACGUGUAUGAGGUUUAUUGCAACAAGUCACGCAGUACUGUAAACACUUACACAGUUGCAAAUGACGUAUUUGCUUACGAGAUACGAGGACUUCAUCCCCACACCAACUACCGGAUCCAAGUGGCCGCCAGAUCUAGUGAUGUUGGGCCAUUGUCGUUCGCCAAGGUUGUGAAAACAUUGGAAGACGGUAAAAAAAUACUCUUCUAUUCACUAAGAGUGAAUAGUUAACGAACAAUUGAUAUUAGUUUUCUAAUCUUGAAAGUGCAAGGGUUAGCAAGUUAAAAUUGUUUUAUUUCCUUUUUUAGUUCCCAGUGCACCUCCAGCUAACAUUAGCAGCACAAGCGUGGAGCCGACUAGUCUUGAGAUCAGCUGGGAUCCUCCUCCACUUGGCCAUCGCAAUGGACGAAUAACAAACUACACCAUCAAGUACAGAGAAAAAGGAGAACAAGCAACGUGAGUUCUGAAACUCUAUCAAAUAGUUCUCUUUUCUACUUCCAAUAAUCGCGUCGAACACUGUUGACAUAAGUGAAAUUCAGCAUACAAAUCACCAAGCAGCUAAACUAAGAAAAAAAACAACGAGAAAAAAUAAUAAAACUGACAAGCAAAGAAAGAAGUGUAGAGUGGAGGAGUUGUGGGUUGUGUGUGGGUUGAUAUGCUGAAAAUGGAGCUACGCUAUUGGUGGGAAUAUGGUGACGAGAAAACAAGAAUAACUUAGUUGACUUAAAAGUGCUCGGUGAUACCGUGGGGAUUAAUAGUACCGAUUUGGAAGAUAAUUUUUUUUUCUAGAGUUUUGCGGCUUUCCGAACUGCCUGAAUGUAGGGAAAGGCCACAGUGGAAAAACUGACAGAGAAACAGAAGCAGAAAGACAGAUGGACGGACAGACUGAUAGACAGACAGACAGAGUGAAGACAGACAGACAGAUUAAAAAAAGACCCACAAACUGACGUAUCCGACUAACAGAAAUACUAUCAGUGAAGCAUACCAAAGACACUUUCUUCUUACCUUUGCAGUUUUUUGACUGUUGAUGGAAAUAAAUUAUCUGUCCGUCUACACAAUCUAAAGAAGUAUACCACGUACUUUGUCUGGGUGACAGCGAGUACGUCAGUUGGGCCUGGGCCGAGGUCUAGCAAGCACAACUUCACCACAGAGGAAGACAGUAAGUUUAUUUACUUUUCCACUAACCUUUCACUCCCCAACAUCAGUAUGCAUUUUCUCCAUAUUGUUCUCUAUAGAAUUUGUGUAGCAAUAAAGAGCUUCUUAAUUGGUGAUCAUUUCCUUUAUUCUUGUAACCUUAAUGUUUGAUUCAGGGGUGAUAUUGUAAGGAGAAAUUAGAUUCUAGUCACUCUUGGCAGUCGAGGGGUUAACUCUCUAGUAAUAUCACGACAAUUUCCCACGAAUAAAUGAUAAAAAAAGACGUCUAAGGGUGAUAUGUCUAUAAAACACCAAAUUCUCCUUUUUAAUUAACAAGGAAAUGUAUGUCAGUAUGGAGAAUUUCUUGGCGGAUCUUGGGAGUCAGAGCCGGGGUUAACAGUAGCUCUGGUUCUUCGACUGUUCUAUUUUUCUUCUACCCUUACUGGGAUUCAAAUUGGCUUUAACGUAGAAUACCAUUCCAUUGUCGAUGAACAAAUUGACAGUGCUUUAGCACGGUCGUUACUUUUAUCUAAAACGAUAUUCGUCAUGACAGUGGUCAAAAUGUUAUGGGCUCACGAGGCGCAGCCAACGGCAAAUAAGCCAAUCAGAUUGCGACAUUACUGCCUACUGUGGUAAAAUUUCACUUCGAUCAAAAGCGGUAAAAAGGACCGGAAGCAUUUGCUGCUAGGCUUGUUCAAUUUUUGAAGAGUCGUGGGUUCUGAUUGUUUUAACGUUCCGUAUUUGAAAUGGGGCGACCAUGUUUUUUUGCCUGUUUUAAAUUAAGAAAAGUUGACGUUGGCGAAAAUAAUUGCUAGAACUUUCCUUAAGAGGAUUAGUAAUUUGACCACUGACCUCGUCGCAUUGCCAAUAUGCAAAUUUGAGACAUCGUUUGGAAUUUCACUUCAAUAUAACGGAGAACAAACAAAAACUUAAGCAGAGGUGAAGAUACUGGCAUGCUGCUAUAUUCUGAGGUUCAUCACGCAGAAGAACGUCACAAAGUGCACGUCUAUCUUUAAACAUUUUAUAAAAAUGGACACGUUCAGGAACCUCUUCCAUGGUCUUAAUAUUCAAGCAGCUUAGUUUGUUUAAAGAUAGGCGUAAAUAGUGAUGGAUCAUAUCAACUUAGAAGAUUUGUUGGGAUGAAAUCAAAUCCCGGUUUAUCCUGUCCCUUUGCAGGAGUGAAACGCGCCUACGGUUGUAAAUAUUUUUUAGGGAUUAAAUACCGUAUCUUCCGUUUUUGGCCCUAAUUCAUGGCUGAAAAAAGAUGCACUCUUUGCAAGGUCGUCGGCCUUGCUUAGAAGAAUCAACUUAAUCCUUUUAACUGUUUAUAGAAUCCGGUUAAAUUAUUAUACUUAAUGGGAUUAAAUGAAAGACUUCUUAAUUGAAAAGCUGCCAAGUUCAAGAAGUUCAAAUAUGGGGACGUUUUUGUUUCAAGGUUAAAAGCAUGUUUAAGGUACUAAAAUUUUGACAAUAUGCAAAAUAUGUGUCCUGUUCUCUGUUCUUGCGGAGGAGUAUCAUUUUACAAUCGAAAGGGCAGACCGAAAGAAAUCUUGUUAACGUUUUUUCGGUUUUCAACGGAAGUAUUAUCUUAUAAUCAAACCUUAAAGUAUUUAGUGUAAUUAUUGGCGAUUUAAUCUGUCGAUUAAAGCAUAUUUAAUCCUAUUAUGCCAAAGAUUCCUGUGUAUCAGUUGCGAGUAAUUGUUGGUUCAGUGUUACUCAAUAAUCCAUGUUAAUUUAUUCAAUCAUUAUGGAAGGUCAUGUAAGCGUUACGCAGCGUCCUUUCUGAUUCCUUUUUAAUUAUCAGCUCUAGAAUGUGUGUUAGAUUAGACACUGAAGCAUAUAGUCUACAAAAUUCGACCGGCUUUUGUCUCCUUGUCUUUCCCUAAAGCUCUUGUCGAUGAGCAGUUUCUGCUAAAAGAAUUCUCUGGCGAUGAAUUCAGCAUGUGCUUGAAGUUGGGCAUCAUCACAUUCGUGCUGGCUGUUGUUGUUUUAAUAAAUAUUUUGACGGUUUUUACACCGCAAGAAAUUGACCUGCUUGAAGUUUCCAUUGCUAAAUCUUAAAGUCGAUGUACUCAUUUUAAACGGGCUUCAUUUGUUUGCGUAAUGAAAUCGCGUCGGAAACGUGUACCAUUUCACUCACUGAUUAUAAGCAGCAUACUUCUUCUUCAGUCUUAUUAUUUGGCACGCUUUUGAAUAACUGAAUUUUUGAAAUGAAUAUCAGGGGCUUGUCACUUGCGCUGUGGAGAUGCAUCGAAACUAAACUAAAUACGCAGUGGAACUCUCUUCCUGGAGACAAUUCAUAUCGAGAGACGGAACAAAAUCUGCAAUACAAUGUGUUUCUAUACGAUUGAUGACCUUUUAGAAACCUAUUACCAUAAAUACGUAUGGUGCUGUUGAUUGUAAUUACAUCUUUGAUCUUCAAAAAAAGUUUUGCUUGAAAGUUGAAGUUAACUCUUACGAAAAAAGGGUUCAAAUGAAGAGGAUAUGUUCCAUUCCUUUCUCGUUCAGGGCUCUUCAAACUGAGAUCUUGUUCAAAAUUGCGCUCUAUCGAUAUACCCAUGUACUCUGUAAUAUAGGGGGGGGGCAGUCUUUCUUAGGAUUUCCAAACACAAAGAGGGAAAAACUGACUCAGGGACGUGUAUUUCGAAGAAAUAUGUGGGCUUGAAUCUUGAUUAUCUUUACUGGGUAAAAAGCAUUUCACUUCUCACAAUUUACCAUCCUUAUCUUUUUUUGUUCAGUUCCCAGGGAAGCGCCUCGUCAUCUCAAGUGCGAUGUGCUGAAUUCGACUGCUAUCAGAGUCCGCUGGUCAGCCCCACUGCAGUCGCAGGGUGGACGUAUCCGAGGCUAUGUUGUAUUCUAUACAAAAGUCGAUGAUCUUGGUAAAGAACUGAUUCCACCCGAGCAAACUCAAGUUAAAUUUACUGCUUCCGAACAUCAAUUGGUGAGAAUUUCGUCGUAAAAAGAAGAAUUAUUUAUAAGUAUUAAUUAUGGAUUGGUGAAGGCUGUUGGACAUUUCAUAGGGAUGGAUAUUUUGUCUCUGCGUUGUAAUUUCCAUCAUGUAAUUAAUUAAACCUGCCAAAGUUGUAUGGUGGCUUGACUCACAGUUCUACUCUGUAGUAAGUUAUUUCUUUCGAUCAUAUGGUUCCAAUUUAACCACCCAGCUUCCAAUGGAAUCCAGACCGCAUCGAAGCAAGUCUGGAUACCUGCAUGAGAUCGAGACCAUAUGUGUCAGUCUGCCCAAGAUGGCGUCGAAAAGCUGAAAUGGCCUGGUUACCCCUCAGGAUAUCAUAAAACCCACGGGACUGAAAAUUGACAUGAGUUGUAUAUGUUCUCCUGCGUCGAACACAGUUAUGGGAACUCAACAAACAGUUUGGAAACUGAACAUUUUAAGAUUUCCUUUCGGGUUUGGGGUAAAUUCGCAUGUUAAAGGAAACAACUAAAAUACUGAUCACAAUCUCACAUUGCUUUAUUGAGAUAUUUACACCUGUUUUUUUCUCCUGUCUAUCAACAGUCCCUAAUGUUAACUAAACUUGAUCCUGAUUCAACGUACGAAAUAGAAGUUUCAGCCUACUCGAAUAAAGGAGACGGAGAGCGAAGCAUUUCAGUGCUUGCGAAGACCUUACCCAAGCCACCGGAUGCACCAUACGUUACUGGCAAAGCGCUCUCUUCCUCUUCAGGGACUAACGUCACGAUUAAAUGGUUCACAGCAGCCCCUAAUAUCUUGUCCUAUAGGCUGCGGUAUGGGAAGUCUUUGCACAAUCUCCGUGGACGGGAUCAUUCUAAAGUCAAACUGAAAGAAAUGCCGUUUCCUCCUAAAACCAAGCAACAUUCGUUUAAAGAGCUUGGUGAGUCUGUCAUCGCACAAGUCGGUUGGGGUAGUAACCCUGUAUAUUAGUGCUUUGUUGGGCACUGUGGCGGGUUUUGCGGGCUUACAUGUAUUUUUGCCUGUUCGCACGCUCAUGUGAUUGCCUAGAAUGUUUUGAUUUAAUUUUUUUUUCUCAGAUCAUUUUCUAAAUGCCUUCCAAAGUGAUGAUAAUAGUAUUACAGUUUAUGUUCUUGGGCAUUUAUAUGUUUUGGCCCAUCUCAGCACUUAUUUUAACCCUCGCCUGACGGCUUGUGCCAAAGUGACUCUGAUUCAGACCCAAAACAUUUCUGUGCCCGCGAACAUAAACUCCAUUGUUUUAUUUAGUUUCCUGUCAAGGAUGCGGCUUGGGAGUUUUUAGAGUAUUUGUGUUGUGUUCUUUCCCUUCCUAUUUCUGUCAAAGAUAAAAUGAAAGAUAAUCUAGAGAAAGAUGUUUUUUCGUCUUGUCAGGAGCGUGGGACAAAGAAAAAACUCUGAGUCCUCAUGGGCACUUAGAAUUUUUUUCCUGACAUCUUUCUCUACUUCUUUACCAAGCUCAAAACUUGCCCUCUUUCUUAUUCUAUUUACAAAGAUAAUCUAGUUUCACUAGCUAGUAGGACGCUGUUGUGGGCGAAAAAGUGCUGCCUGCUUUCGCGUUCGACAUUCCCCUUUUGUCUACCUAUCCCAAAGCCGUCUGCUCAUUCAUUAACUUGCAUUUUAAAGUUUGUCACGUUGGGCAGUCAUCCAUUACAACAACUUUGGUUUUCGCUUGUUUGGUUAGUUGGUCGAGCAAUCGGUCGGUCAGUUCGUCAGCCCUUUGUUAGCCAUUUUCAAGUCUUUUUGCUUUCACUGUUGCUUUCUUGAUUAUUAUUCUCCGUAAACUGAUCUCUCUCUAUUCUAUCUGCAGACUUAGGGGUGUGGUAUCUGUUCAAAGUCUCUAUACAAAGUACAGCCGGCUGGUCACCAGAAACACCAAUUUGGGUUCAAAUGCCUCCGGGUCCCCCAACAGGACCCCCUCUUCAGGUCAGGUCUCAGGCGGUUUCAUCAACUGAAAUUCGUGUAACUUGGCUAGAGCCGGACAAGUGGCAACGUAAUGGACCUCUUAUUGGGUAUACUGUGGUAUACAACCCGCUUAAACGGAAGAGACGGGUGGGAGUUAAAAAUAUCACCAACCCGAACCAAACGCAAGCGCUCCUAACGGGGCUCAGAAUGUUCACUGAGUAUGAGAUUCGAGUCCGAGCCCUUGGCUUGAAGGGUCCUGGGCCCUUGAGUCGCCCUGUUGUCGAGAAAACAAAUGAAGGAGGUAGGUCCUGUUGUUAAAUUCUUGAAAAAAACCUUUUAAGUUGUUUCUGAUGAUUACGAGACAGUUUCUUUAUUGUUCGUUAAAUAAUUUCCAUACUUUGCUGAAUAUCAAAAUAACACCUUAAUUAGAGGAAAUGGAUCGAGUCAUUGAAAACCUUACAUAGGGCAACCCCAGCCCCCUCUCCUCCUUUUUAAAAUCCGCAUGUCUUACUUACCUGCAUUGUUUUUAGUUCCCAGUCCUCCUCGCGGCCUCUUGGAAGUAGCCCGAAGCACUGACGCUAUUACAAUAUCAUGGCAACCGCCCCAGUCUCCAAACGGCGAAGUGUUGAGUUAUCUAGUAAUCUAUUCGGAUGCUGUGAAACUUCCCCUCUCCCAAUGGAGUUCUAGAGGAGUCAAGGGACUUCGAGCAACCUUAAAGGCCCUGUCACGUGACACGAAGUACUGGAUUCGUGUCGCCGCUGAGACGUUGGUUGGCACCGGCAAUUAUUCUUCACCAAUCUCCAUAAAGACCUUGAAAUACGACCGUAAGUAAAAAGCCCCCACAUUGCUCCCGAAUGAGUCUAGCGUUCAGGCAAUCUCGUUUCCAUGGGGUAGGGAAUCAGGAACCCUUACGCGACCUGCAUUUUAUAUCGAGGCAGUGGGAACUAAGGUCCAAACAGGUCUUUGGAGCUAGAUUGCCUCUGGACACUGUUAAUUGACCGUUUUGCUAAACACAACGAGUUUAGCGUAGCCUUAGUAGUGUCUGUUUAAACGCUGUUACAGUUGUACAUUUAUCAUUCGUUAAGUGUUCCGGAGCUUGAAACAGUUUCUAUCCCUUCGACGAAUGCUAGAAAGGAACGAAACAGCUUAAGUCCAUUCGUGCGGUCUGUGGGUUUUAGCCUUAUUGUUUGUGUUCAUUUUCAGUGCCAGAAUCUUGCCGAGAUCUGCAAUUCGAGUCUAAAGGUAGCGACUUGGUAGUACUGAACUGGAAACCUCCAGUUACGGAUGCAGGAAUAACCAAAUAUAAGGUACUGUUCCAGCACUUUUCGUCUAAGAACAUAGUCGUGGCGCAUUGCGCAUGCGUAGUCUCAAUGGGCCACCCUAGUAAGAUCGCUACGAAACAUUAGUCUCCGGCUUGGAAACUGAACUCCAAACUUCUUCCAUGAGAUACUUCUGAAAGCUUAAACAAAGACAGGAUAAAAGUAAAACGGAAAUAUUGUUUAAUACUCCUAUGUAAAACAUAUUUAUCUGUGACGAUCACUUAUUCGGCGCCCUCGUUCAAGGGAUACUUUCUCUUCUUCCAGGUGUGCCCCUUAAAUUUAUGUAUUUAUGUAUUACCUAUGGUACUCCAUGCUCCUCAUCUAUAUUUUCUCAAAACUUUUGAUCGGUCUUCUUUCAGAUAACAUAUUCCGGCACGAAAUCCUACACGGAGAAAGGCGAACGGAAACAGCUCUCUCACAUUCGCGAUGUGAAGUUGGACGCUCUCUCGCCCGGUCUUCAAUCGCACACCCUAAAAGGACUUGUUCCCCACACAACCUACAGGAUAGAAUUGUCAGCGGUUAAUUCCAUGGGCGAGGGGCCAAGUACAACUUUAACACUAAAAACCGACACGGGUAAACCUCCAGCUCUGACAAGACCCGUCAUCAUCGAGGAAAAAAGUUCAAAUGAGUAUUUGCCCAUGAAAUUGGAGGCUGCGUCAGAGAGAAAUGGACCAAUCAGGUAGAGGAAAAAUUAAUUUUACUUUUUCUGUAUAGGUAUAUUUCGAGUAUCUCAAUUAAUUUAUAAACUUUAGCAAUGUAACUAAGUCACUGCAUUGUUUAGCAGACAGAUGAUUAUAGUUAAGAACUUGCGACUGUAAAAAUCUAAAAAUCGUAUAUGUGAACUGCGGAAGAAAUAAAUAUGGAAGUGAUCUUCACAGAAGCGAGCACUACUUAAGCAGUAGUGAAAAUAAUGUUAGAAAAAAGAUUCAGACCUGUACGGGAUUUAAACCCAUGACCUCUACGGUGCUGGUUUAGCACUCUACCAACUGAGCUAACAAGGCAACUGGGAGCUGGUCAUUAUGUUGGUUCCAAAUGAACCCGUAAAGCUGCUUAAGUAGUGUUCAUUACUGCAAAGAUCGCUUUCAUAUUCAGAGCUUUGAACGUUAUAAGCAAGAAAAGCGUGAUAAGAACGUAUAAAAACUCGAAAGCGAGAUGAAAUACAUAACUUUCGUGAAACAUGGCCAUCAGUCCGUUAAAACUUCUUGUUGUUUUCGUGCAGCCAUUACGUAGUGAUCGUUGUGCCACUGGGCAAAAGCAAUCAGCUUCCCAAAGACAAAUCCCCGGAUGACUUCUUCGGAGAACUGAGGCGAAAGAGAGAGGCCGUGGGUGACAACGAAGAGCCUUACAUCGCCGCAAAAUUCAGCCCAUCAGAACUACCGACAACAUUCAACGUGGGAGAUGAGAGCUUCAAGAAUCUUUAUGGUUACUACAAUAAAAAGCUGACCAAGGGAUCUUACUAUACGAUGUUUACAAGAGCUUAUGUGAAAAGCGACAAAGGGGUACGUAUGUGUGAUAUAACUGUGCACAGGUGGGGGAGGGGAGGGAGGGAGGGAGGGUAAGAAAAAAAAGAUAUAAUUGAAAAGAAAAGUGGGAGGAGAGGAAGGACUGGGGAGAGGGGUUGGUUGUCAUAUUUAUGAUUCACAAUCUCAUUGGAUCAAUAUCAGUAUCUGGUCAACUGCCCACCUACCCCUCCCCUAACCCAACAUUAACCCUAACUUGUUAUCAAUAGACUGUUGUUGGGUUAGGGGAGGGGUAGGUGGGCAGUUGACCAGAUACUGAUAUUGAUCCAUCUCAUUUUCAUGUCUUAUUCUACCCAAUUGACUUAUGCGUGGCCUUCAAUGAUGUAUCACUGACCUUUUCCCGUAAAUUUUUUUUUGAUUUUCCAAGAUCACAAUGAUGAUGAUAAGUAUUAUCGUUGUUAUUAUUUUACCGAGGAAACUUUUCGAAGAGAGCUUCCCGCAUCUUCGGAAGUAACGUUUAUUUGCAACAUACAAAAAAAUAUGAAGUUUUCUCUUUCUCUGUUUCUUAUCUACAGGACGUGUUGUAUACAUCGAGUCCAUUUGUAACACCUGUAAAGUUCGGUAAGUGCAAUCCGCACUCUUAGAGUACUUCGGAUAAGAGGUCUUAUACAGGCAGGCGCUUGGGGCGAGUACAUUUUUAUGGCAAGACCGUUAAGAAUUUCCUUUCAGAAGGAAAAUGUUCCUUUUCCACGUCCUGUGCAGGAAAAUGAGUAUUGAAGGUAUUAAUUCCGUCAAACGUCCUCUUUUUAAAUCAGGUGACAGUUCAAAGGGGGGUUUUACUGGUGCUGUGCAGGACCCGGAGGAACACGCCGGAGGAGGACUAAACAUGAUGUUUAUAAUCAUCCCAGUCGCCGCUUUAAUCGUGCUUACCGCGAUCAUUGUUAUUGCAGUCGUUUUUUGUAGAAGGUAAAAUCAUUUUUGUUGUUGUUGUUGUUGUUUGAUAGGUAUGGAGCGUUCGGAAAAGAAUAUACUUUAUGAGAUGAGUUAAAUGAUCUCUGUAAACCGUUCGUUGGAAAUUGUUACUCUUAGAUCCGUAGUUGUAAGGAUUUCUAUGAGGCAAUAAUUAUGAUUGAGCUUGUGACUUUCUUUGUAUUUUAGGAGAAAAAGAAAAAGUAAAAAGUCCAAAUCUUUGGAUGAUGAUAAAGCAGAACCAUCAGAUCCUGUAGAAAUGAAGAGAAUGACGAUCCAAACACCAGGUAUUUUUUCAUCAAAAAUGUAUCCAGUUUUUCUUUUUCUUUUUUUUUAAUGAUAGAUUUAUUCAAAAAUUUUGUACCGAAAUAAUCACUGAGAAAAAACGCCCGAAAUCUGAGUUUCUUUUUCGGAGUGAAACUCUUAAAUGUAUUCAAACGCUGCGGUGAAUAAAAGUGUAAAUCAGACCUUCUAUACUGUGAACGGAACAAUUGUUUGAGACCCCGUAGUAAACUCUCAUGAAAAUGAUUUUCACCAGGCACAACUGGGUUUUAAGUCAAAGUCGGUGGAUGAAACUCAAACGUGUGAUUACGUGAAAGCUCUUAAGCGAUAUUUUAUCGACACUACCAAAAUCAAAAUGAUAAUUCUCGUGGUAGUGUUGAUUUUGUUACGUAAGGCAACAUCAAAUUAAAAUCUGAAAAAAAAAAAAACGGCUUUCUUUAUAUAUAUUCUAGAAAGACUUAGUUGAUUUGUUCAGUUAGAUACAUCAAUCUGUAAGGGGACUCAAAAGUGUAAUCUCUUCAUAAGUAAUAUUAGCCAUUGUACUGCCGUUUAAAUGGAAGAGCUUCAACUAAUUGUGUGAUGCUUGUAUUUACAGCCAUGAUGGACCAUCCUCCAAUCCCUGUCUCCGAGCUUCUCAAUCACAACAAUAGCUUAAAAGCUGAAAGGAAUUCUAAAUUUUUGCACGAAUACGAGGUAAUUUCAGUUUCCUAUAUACUGCAAACGCCUUCUCUCUAUGAAGCCACCUUUGCUGUUAGGCACCACCAUUUUUUUCAUAAGUUCCCCUCUGAUAAGCUCUCCCUUAUAGAGCUUCAGGACCCCUUGUCUGUGAUAAGCUGCCAUCCCAAUGGUUUUAAUGCUGUCUAAUUUUUAAGUCCCUUUAACUCACGAAGGUUUUAAACAAAUUAAACACAUUUGCCAACUCGGCCUUCGGCUUUCAGGUGCUUUCCUGCCUUCAACGCGUACUCUUCAUAAGCAAGAUUUUUCUUGUAGUGGAGGAUUGCCUUAAUUUCUUCUUCUUUUCUGUUGCAGUCAAUUGAACCAGGAGAAACCUUUACUUCUGAAGCCUCAUCACAGGAGUGUAAUAAAUCAAAGAACCGUUAUCCCAACAUUGUUGCUUGUAAGUAGAAUGAAUGAAAGAUAGAGCAGUUUUCUACCGACAGCAAUCCGAAAUUGCGCUCAUUUUUAUCGCCUCACUUUGUCGAUGAUUCAGAGUGUUUUUGCCAAUCAAAUGCAACACUUGAGGCCUGUGCGACUUCAUUACCCUAACUUGGAUUCUUGGAGAAGUUUUAACUUGAGUUGCGAAGAUCCAAAACCAAACUAAUUACAAAAGUCAAUCGCAGCGAAGGUUGACAUCAUUAUUACCCUAUAGACUCUAAGUAAAAGCAGGUAAACUGCGUGAAACAUGGGAAAACAAGAGUGACCAAAUCAAGCCUGGUUUUAGUUUUGAAUCUGAUUGAUUGAGAAGGUGGCACGAGUUUCCUGGACCAAUCACUUAUUGAUACUAUUUUUCUCGCAUUGCAAACCAGAUAAACGUUUUUUUUUUUCUCUUUCAGACGACCAUUCCCGUGUACACUUGUCAAUAGUAGAUGGUAUCGUGGGCUCCGAUUACAUCAACGCUAAUUUCUGUGACGUAAGUGUUUCGUCAUCAAAACUCACCACUGAGAAAUCCAUUUCACCUCUUAACCUCGGCUUUCUGUACCUAGACUGACUCUGUAGUGCUUGUUUAAGCGAAAUACAACAAAACAGACAAACAAACAAGCAAACAAAAAUGUUCUUAAUGUCACAUGCAUCGUGAAAAUGCUCAAAAAUGGAAAGAAGUGUUGUCACAAUCUAAAUCAUAAAGGAACCAAGAACUAGUGGUUUGGACGUGCGCCGUGAAUGAAAAACAUUUCAAACCUGAAUUCCUGUUAUUGUUUUGCAGGGAUACCGCAAAGAAAACGCGUAUAUUGCCACACAAGGUAAAUUAAAGAUUUUUGUAUGGUCUCUAGAUUGAUGCAAUAUUCGUUUAAAUGGCUCUGUAGAAAAACAAUGCAGAUGCAAAAUUGAAAAAAAAAAAAAAACUCUCUUCACUACUUUUUUUCGUUUUUCAACAGGUCCUCUUGAAGAAACAAUCGAGGACUUUUGGCGAAUGAUCUGGGAACACAAAACGUUUACAAUUGUCAUGCUUACAGAACUGGAAGAAAGAGGAAAGGUAAGACACAUUUUAUUUUUAAUCAUUACUUUUUGUAAUUCUCUUGGUGGAAUUUUCGUCAUUUUCAGAGUUCCUUAGUAUCCUGGAGGAAUUAUGCACAACAAGGGAGUGGAAGAGGGGAAGAAACGUUUAAGAUAAAUUUUUGAUUAAGUCCUUGGUUAAACAAAAGUUACUUUAAGGCUUGGCGAGAUAAUUUUUGGAAAAUGUACCGACUUUGUGGUCUUUAUAGAAAAAGAACAGAGUCAGAGAGAAGCCUGGUAUUUAGAGUUAAAUGCGUUCAGGAAUACAAUACACUCAAACCUCCUGUGCGUGAAGAAUGAUCAGUUUGUGAACAUUUUAUAUAACCUUGUCUUCCUUUUUGUUCUGCAGAUAAAAUGCGAACAGUAUUGGCCCACCGACGGGGCUGAAUUGUAUGGUGAUAUUGAAGUUACAGUAACAGACUGGAUUGAGUUUGCCAAUUACACAAUUACAACGCUACAGAUAUGCAAGGUCUUUAAUAGCAAAUUUUGAAUCAUAAAUGUUCCUUAGCAGUUUAGACGGACUGAUACUAUAUGCUUUUCCUUACCAAGUCUUGUUGCUUAGAAAACUGAUGUGACAGUAUUUAGACAAGGAGCGUUUCUUAAACGUUUUGUCCGCUAAGAUGAUUAGCAAAUAGAUGGAAAGAGUUUAAAGCAAACUCUUAUCAGCAGGUUUCCCAUAAUGAGUGCUUUAGGCAGUCUUUUUUUUGUCAUGCAUAAAGCAACCAAUUUUCGUUGUGAACGGUUCUUUUGCCACAAAAACGUAGAAAAUUCUGUUGAAAGUUGCUUUAUUAAAUGAAGUUUUUGUUGAAUAUUUUUAGUAGAAAUUGGCUGUUAAAGGAAAUGGUCUUCUCUUACUCAUUUUCAUCUUUCAAAAUUUUCAGGAGGGAGCCCCGCAGCCCAGAGAAGUGAAACAUUUCCAGUUCGCUGGCUGGCCUGAUCAUAGUGUCCCACCCCAUCCUACUCCCUUCCUUGCAUUCCUCAGAAGAGUCCGUUUCUAUAAUCCUACAGACGCAGGCCCCAUAGUGGUGCACUGCAGGUAAUUACCAAAUAAAAUUAUGAUGUUUAUUUUGUACAAAAAUGUAUGAAGUAAAGAGCGGAGGUUAUCCUUAUCGGAACUUUCUCUAAAUGAAAUAUCGAAUAAGUUAUGUUAAAAAUAGAACUGGUGAGAGUUAAGCUUAGUUUAUAAAACCUUCUUAAUUUACUUCGAAAAAUGCUAAAAAAAAAAAAGAAAGGAAAAAGAGGGAGCCGCCCAACGUGGGGCUCGAACUCACGACCCUGAGAUUAAGAGUCUCAUGCUCUACCGACUGAGCUAGUCGGGCUGGUGAUAACUACAAAAAAUCCUUUGGCAUUUUUUUACCUUAAAUUGGCUGGUAACCUGAAUUCAUUUGUGUAACUCCUGAAAAAGAGAAUUAUGUUUCCACAGUGCCUUUUCACUGGGAAAACGACUUAAAGUAAGCUAAUACAACAAAAACAUUGUUCUUUUUGUUUGUAACAGUGGUGGUGUUGGUCGAACAGCCUGCUUCAUCGUCAUUGACUCCAUGCUAGAAAGAGUGAAACAUGAAAAUACCGUCGACAUAUAUGGACACGUGACUGUGCUAAGAACCCAACGUAACUUCAUGGUCCAGAACGAGGUAAGUUCAAAUGCAAACAUCUUUGACAUUGAGAUACUAAAACUGGAGAAUUUUACAACCGAAACAUGUUUCGGGCUCAUCAGCGUGUCGGGUAUGCAUAACUAUUUAAAAUUAUUAUAACCCCGCACGUGAUAUGAUAAAGCGAUGUAAAUACGGAAAAAGUCCUUCAUUCCUUAAUGUUACCAUUAUAUAUUUUAAGGAACAAUACAUCUUUAUUCACGACGCACUCCUUGAAGCAGUAUCCUGCGGCAAUACAGAAGUUCAUGCGAGGAACCUUAUGCAACACAUCAAGCGACUCACAGAACCUUCGGAAGGCGGAACGGCCGGUUUAGCAGAGGAAUUCAGAAAGCUUAGUAACCCAAAUCAAGCCCGCCGACUGAAGCAGGGAACAGGAAGUCUGACAUAUAACAGAUCGAAAAACAGAUUGGCCAACAUUUUACCAUGUAAGAGACUAGCACAGGCUUGUAAAGUAAUUUUAUCCUUCACCGAUAGGUCAAUGUUUUUAUUAAAAGCCUGCAUUACUUCCUUUUAUUUCAAUAUCUUUUAAAAAUCACCUCCACUCUGCUGAAAAUUUUGAAGACCAAUUAUUGUAGCAGCAUGAGAUACACGAAGAAGAAGAAAAGCUGCAAUGGAUGACAAUUAAAUCCAAAAUAAAAACGGUUACUUUUAGGCGAAGCUUAAGCUUCGCUAAUGACAACGCCCUUAACAAUUCACUGAUCUUCAAAAAAAUUGUUUCUUCCAAUCCACGUUAGUUCUCUGUCUGCAGACGCUCUCGUUUUGCCUUGUAUCAGUGAUUUAAGGAGAAAAAAGAAAGAAAGAAAACAUUUUCGUCGCAAAACAACUCGAGUUGCAAUAAAUACUUGCCUGUGUUGAGGGCAGCCUUAAUGUUUCUCUUCUUUUCUUCUUUUCUUUGCAACAGACGAAUCAACAAGAGUGCAGUUGAUAUCUACUCGCGGCAUCGAAGGCUCUGACUACAUUAACGCAAGUUACAUUGACGUGAGUACCACGAACAAUUUGUCUGGGUUUCCUGUUUCUCCAUGAGUUCUUGUUUUCUUCGGAUUGAGCUCAUUGAGUACUGGAUCACAUGAUGUGUUUCCAACCCGUUGGUCUCUUCUCUCCUGCUGUACCCUCACAGUGCCUUACUCCGGUCAGGAGUAUAAAUGGGUACGGGCGAACUGUCAGAGAAGUCUGACAAAAUGCUGGGAGAGGGAAGGAGGGGUAGGGUUAGGGAUAAACUGUAUUGAUACAUCCAUUCAUGUAUCAGAGACCAAGAUAAGUUUUGACCGUUAAACUAUGAGGCGAGAGUGUAACCUCGUCUAAUUCAGAAUUAUCAAUUUUCUUUCCAGGGCUAUCGUCAGAGAGGUGCUUACAUCGCCACACAGGGUCCUUUGCAGGAAACCGUGGAUGACUUUUGGAGAAUGUUAAUGGAACAUAACUCAAACAUCGUUGUCAUGUUGACGCAGCUUUACGAAGGAGACAGGGUAUGCUAAAAAUAAUUUAUGGAUGAGCAUAAUUACUGAUAUGAAUUAAUUUGGAAAGUCACCCAGUAACGGCUUUGCUUAUUGGUGGGCUUCGAAAAAUUUAUGCAUGACCUGCAUAAUUAUUACAAUCUAUGAAUACUAAUUUAGUCAACUACAUUAUCUCCUUAUGGUGUUGCUUCAACUUCUGACCAAAUGACGCUGCUCGUAGCAACCUGUACUAGGUUAUGUAAGACUUAAUUAUUUCUAAAAGUUGUGAAUUUAUCAUUGUUAUUGCAUUUAACUUCCUCACGUCUCCCCCGUUAGGAGCGUUGUUACCAGUACUGGCCGACUGAUCGCUCCGCAAAGCACCAGUAUUAUAUAGUGGAUCCUGUGUCGGAACAAGAAUUUCCUCAGUUUGUUAUCAGAGAAUUCAAAGUUAAAGAUAUCAUGGUAAGUAAAUGUUCUGCACUUAUUGACUGAGUAAAGCUCCGGGCGGGAAAAUAUUUGGCUCGAGGAAAUGUCGUGCAGACUGAGGGCAGCAAGGUCCGUGUCUCAUGAUUGAGCUACGGUGGAAUUAUUAAAUACGAUGAACACGAUUAACCAAGAGAAAAUGAAUAUUGUAUGCAAUUUUAUCUGUGUCACUCUUUAUUUCAUAGAACGACAAUGUACGAAACAUAAAACAGUUCCACUUUCACGGAUGGACCGAAAGUGUCCCCAAGAGCGGUGAGGGUAUCUUGGAGUUAAUAGGCCAAAUACAAAAAACACACGAACAGCAAGAGGAGGAAGGCCCCAUCACAGUGCACUGCAGGUAAAUGAAGUUAAGGGUCUUUCGCAUUGCACUGAAUCUCAAGCAUAGUGGGAAGAGAAAGGUUUUCCAUUCCCGAGCGGAAAGUCAAUCAAUUACUUCCGGCCUUUUCACGUUUCUCAAACCUCUCAGAGUCGGCCAAAGUUCCGAUAUGUAUAAAUACCAGAGUUAUCUUGAUGGAAUUUAUUUGUUGGAAUUAACUUGAUAUUUACACACGUAACGCUUGUUUUAUCCUAGUGAUGGUGUUGGUAGAACUGGAGUAUUCUGCGCCCUUUCUAUCGUGCUAGAGCGCAUGCGCUCUGAGGGAGUGGUAGAUUUGUUCCAGACGGUGAAACUUCUUAGAACGCAGAGGCCAAACAUGAUUCAAAAUAAGGUUUGUAUGGAAGAUCUGUACUUAUUUUAUGUUUUGUGAACUUGCCUUUGAGAGUGAAAAUUUUGCUGUUUCAAAUUUAACUGCCUUUUUUGCUUCUCGUCGAAGAUUUCAUUUACAUUACGUGUCUGGGUAAUAACCGACUCCCUGACUGACUAGCUGGCUGUCAGACUGACAGACUGAUUGUUUGACUAAAGUUGACGGAAUUACUGACUGUUCGACCUACCGACCGACCGACCGACCGACCGACUGACUGAUUCACUGACUUACAAGUAAGUGAACGUUAAGAAAUGCGCAUCUCUGAUAUUUUCUUGCUUCUUCCUCCAUCAGGAACAAUACCUAUUCUGUUACCAAAGAGCAUUAGAAUACCUCAGCUCGUUCGACCAUUACGCCGUGUGAGAAAUCAUGGAGUGUGAGCCGACAAUUUGUAAUGAAAACUUGCAAUAACCCCUUUCGCAAGGUAGAAUGCAAAUAUGUAGGAAAUCAUAGCUACAAAAACAGCAAUUAUUACAUCUCCCAAAUAUGUCGCAACCGGCGAGAAUUGGAAAAGUCCACCAUGGUUGGAUGGUAAAUGUACAAUCCCGAAAAUGAAUUUGAGCGAGAGUAAAAGAUUAACAUGGAUCGCCUAGAUGAGCUUUCGUCUCGAAGCCAACUUAGACAUGGAAACAGGAUUUGUGACGAAGCGUAAACACAGUAUCUAAUCUGUGAAUAUUGGUACAUUUAUUUUAAUGGAUGCCAGAGCUAUCAGUAGUUUGAUAAGAGAGGAGCAUCGGAGAGAACUGAAGUCAAUUUCUCGAGAUUUAAAAUGAAAAGACAUUGAUUACGAAACGGAGGGUAAGGACAAGUUUGAGAAAAGUGGCAUAGAUAUUGACGCUCAAUAAGAAAAUUUAUAUAUUAAAAAAAUAGACAGUUCUAACAGUCGCAAUACAUUGACAAAAAAAGUUUUUAAAAUUUGGGUCACGUAGAUAAAAUCACCUUGAAAUGCUUUUUGGUGAAGAAGAAGUUUAGCUUUCGAGGCCAAUUUUUAUAUUAGAAGCUAAUAAUCUAUUUCAUUUUCGUAGCGUUUAAAAGAGCGUCAACUUAAGAAAUAUUUAUGCCAAAACAGGCAAUCCUUUUAAUUUUUGUUGAGGUUAUGAGAUAUUUUUUUUUGAAAGGGAUGUGGAAGUCUUCUGGAGUUGUAAGCUGGAUACAUCUUGAAAUUUAAAUAUUUUAUGGAUAUUUUUACAUCAGCAUUAAUUAACAUGAUUCACAGCGCUCAUUCAUUAUUCUUACGUCGGCUCUAAGGCAACAAUUUUUUUAAAAUCAUUUUUGAUCAACUUUGUUUUCAUCGAAUGAUAAUCUUAAUAUUGCCCAUAAUACUUGAUACGGCUGCUAUCUUGAAUGAAUGAAUUUUUGCCCGGAGGAAUCCUUUAAUUUUUUAAUUUUUGAAAAAUUUAUUCAUUUAACAUAACCGCUGCAUCUCCUGUUAUCGAGUGUAUCACUCUACCCAUAAACCCUAUCUCUUAAUUAUAUCCAUGCGUGAUACGAGACCAAUUUUUUUAAUAGUUUUUUUAGGUGGGAGUUAUUUCUUCAUAUUUAAUCGCAAAAUUGAUAUAUCGAUGCCUGUAUUACAUAAUUUUAUCCUGUAAAGUGAGGCAGCUUUUACAAAUAGGUUCCCGUCUUCCUUGAGACAAAUGAGAAAAGGUGGGAAGUCUUGGCGUUUAGGAAUCGUCCUCUCCUCAUAAUUUUAAAUGCUAUUGAUGAGUUUAGACCCCAACAAUGUGAGCACCAAACGCAAGCAGCUCUUUGUAUAAUCUUUUGUUCACUUAUCUGAUAGUUUCAAUGGGGUAAUGGCUUUUACAGCUAACGGUUAAAAGUUUGGCCAAUUUACGUCUAACGGCUGAUAUUUUACUUUCUUUCGAAUUUUUUUUCUUUUUUUUACGGUUAACUUUUUUAACGUCCUCCGGUUAAAGUUUAUCAAUUUUUACGCCUACAAGCUAAAACCCCAUUGAAACCUUUUAAUUUUCUCACCGAAUGAUUUUCCGUGAAAGUACACGUUACUUUGGAACCUAUUUUAGUUUGCCAAUUAUGAAACUAUGGAAUAACGAAUAAUUAAGGGUGCAAUUUCCAAACUGAUCCUCUUGCUUUAGCUGCUUUUAACCGUUUUAAUCAAAUCGAAUUACCGACAAAUGCGAUUUAAGUUUUAAAAUCGUUUGUCAGCUCGCUUUUAGAAAUGCCAAAUUUCCCUUAUUUUAGAACUAAGAGUUCAGGCCGCUGAGAUAUCAUACCAAUGCAUCGAGUAUUUAUGUGCCAAACAGAAUUUUUGUUUAGAUUUAUAGUUGACAGGUGAAUUUUUAACUCUCUAAGUGUAGAUAAUCCAGUGUAUAGAUAGAGAGAAUUAUAUUUUUUACAAUGAACAAUAAAGAACAAUUUAAAAUCUCUUCAUGCAUGAGCACCUACCUUCCCCGUAGGCGGUGCAGACUUGGGCAAAUACGUUUGAUAUACCAGGGUGAAGGGGAAAGACAAGAGAACCUGA